AUGGCGGGUAAGGAUGAGCGGGUGUCGACAUACACUUCUACAUCUGCCGAAUCCGAUGGUCGAUAUGGCGAGCUAAAGAGGAAUCUUUGGACGUCUAUGCUGGAAUCUGUAGCCAGCGGAAAGCGUCUUCCACAAAAGAACCUUCUCGUCCUAGGAGGUACCCCUGAGUCGCAGAGGGAGUUUAUCGAAUCACUAUCCAGCUCAGAAGGGAGACGGCACUUUGACCGGCAAAAAAUCCCCCCGAUCGCAAACAACUUUGCCUUGGGCUAUUCAUACUACGACGUUUUAGACGCCGACCAAGACGAUACGCUGGCGCGAGUAUCGCUUUACCUGCUAUCACAACCCUCCAACGAGUUCGCUUCGCUUGUUUCGCCCCUCUUGACCGCUCAGACCGUCAGCCACUCAGCUAUAGUCGUUCUCCUAGACUGGUCACAGCCACACCAAUGGCUACGGCAGAUCUGGAGGUGGAUUCGGGUUCUCGGAGAGGUCAUGGGCCGAAUCAGCGCCGGUUGCCGCAGCGAGAUGGAAGACGUCAUGGCUUCGUGGAAGGAGCGCGGCCGUGCGGGCGCGUCACUCAACUUGGACGGCACGCCGACUGCCACGGGCGCAAGCGCCGAUGGCGACGGACUGCUUCCCUUGGGCCCGGGCGAGUGGUCCGAGCCCCUGGGGUUACCGCUGUGCGUUGUGUGCCAGAAUGCGCAAAAGAUGGAAUUCCUCGAAAAGAACAAAGGGUGGAAAGAAGUCGACUUUGACACUGUUUUGCAAUAUAUGCGAACCAUCCUCCUCCGACAUGGCGCCUCCCUCAUCUAUACUUCUCAAAACACACCCUCCCAACUGCCGCUUCUCAUUCACUCCACACUAGGAAUUACCUCGUUGCUAAAACGACAGCCUCUCAAACACAACGUCAUUGACCGGGACAAGAUUGCCGUUGCGCCAAACUGGGACUCGUGGGGAAAGAUUCGCAUCCUCGGCGGCAUCUUUGACGCGGAGCUGGUCUCCAAGGGGUGGGAACAAGACAUCAAGCUGCCGCUAGGCUCCAGCCCAGGCGCCGUGGCACCCCAAACGCCAGCCGACGACGACGACGACGACGACGACGACGACGACGCGCAUCCUCCCCAGACGCCCACUCGCCAUGGCCCCAGCGCCAUAGCCCAAUACGAAGACUGGUGUCGCGACCCCAACAGCGGAGGACUCGCCGUCGUCGAAAGCGCCAUGCGGGACGGCCGCGCCGUCGGUGUCGACAGCGACGACCCGCAGGAGUUUCUGGAAAGACAGCUCAAGAUUCUCGAAGCGUUCAAGGCAAAGGCCCCCGAGAAAGGCGUCAACGGCACCAGUCCCCUGACAACUGCGUCUCACCGAAGAACGGAGUACUCGGACGAGCAGAGCGUCAAUGACCACAUUGGCCCCGUCCAGUUCAACAUGGGUGGCAUACAGGUAGAUGCGGACGACAUGCUACAACGCCUCAAGGACCGAAACGCGCACCUUUCUCCGGACGACGAGUACGGCGAGGAGGAGGAACCCGUGCCGGUGGGCAACAUGGCCAAGGAAUACGACAAUGAGCAAUUACAGAACUUCUUUAGCGGGCUGAUGAACAGGACUGCCGGCGCGGCGGACAGUCCGCGGUCAUAG